AUACACACACACACACACACCUCUCCUGAUUCAGCGGAACUGAUUUAUUCGUCACCUCUCCCUGCAGACUCGUGCAGCAGAGCUUGCUGCAUAACAACACAAGCCCAAAACCCAGCGGCACCUGCCUCUUCCGCCAACCUGCCCGUCUGUCUGCAUAGAUUAACGGCUCCGUUACAACUCUGACUGCGUGCUCUCUGGCGUUCACUGCAGCUGAGAGACGGACAGGGGUGGUGGGGGGGGACACACGACUGGCUGAAAUCCACCACAAACAGACAAGCGCCGAAUGUAAAUGAUGGAGAAGCUAAAAAGCCACGACCGCACUGAGGAUUGGCCAAUGGAUAAAGCGCUGGACAAAUAGAUCACCACAAAAGAGAAUUAAAAGAGGACUCUCUUUCUGCGUGUCUACCUUAGGACCUCCUGCAGGGAGAUGUUCGUCAUUAUGGGAUAGAUGCACACGGAUUACCAUGGAUACCAGCACGCGUAAAUUCACAGUGCGGAGAUGGUUUUCUAUCUACCUGAAGAACAAGGCAGCAAGGAACAAGAACAACACAGGCUUCUGUCAGCUGGAGGAGGACAGUAUAUUGAAGGAGAUUGACAUUAGCCACCAUGUUAAAGAGGGCUGUGAGAAAGCUGACCCCUCUCAGUUCCAGCUUCUUAAAGUGCUGGGACAAGGCUCCUAUGGAAAGGUGUUUCUUGUGAGAAAGAUCAGAGGAGUGGACAGAGGGCAGCUGUAUGCCAUGAAGGUCCUGAAGAAAGCCACACUGAAAGUUCGGGAUCGCGUGCGGUCGAAGAUGGAGAGAGACAUUCUGGCAGAAGUGAACCAUCCAUUUAUAGUUAAACUACACUAUGCCUUUCAGACAGAAGGAAAGCUCUAUCUUAUCCUGGACUUUCUCAGAGGAGGAGACCUUUUCACUCGUCUGUCUAAGGAGGUGAUGUUUACAGAAGACGAUGUGAAGUUUUACCUGGCAGAGUUGGCCCUGGCGCUGGACCAUCUGCACAGCCUGGGGAUCAUCUACAGGGACCUCAAACCUGAAAAUAUUCUUCUGGAUGAAGAAGGUCAUAUUAAGAUAACAGACUUCGGAUUAAGUAAGGAAGCUAUCGACCAUGACAAAAGAGCAUAUUCCUUUUGUGGGACUAUUGAGUACAUGGCUCCAGAGGUUGUGAACAGGAGAGGACACACACAAAGUGCUGACUGGUGGUCAUUUGGGGUCCUUAUGUUUGAGAUGCUGACAGGGUCACUACCAUUCCAGGGAAAAGAUCGAAAAGAAACAAUGGCACUUAUUCUAAAAGCGAAGCUGGGAAUGCCUCAGUUCCUCAGUCCUGAAGUGCAGAGCUUAUUAAGAGCGCUCUUCAAGAGGAACCCCGCUAAUCGACUUGGAGCCGGACCGGACGGAGUGGAAGAAAUAAAAAGGCAUCGCUUCUUUGCAUCGAUAGACUGGACUAAGUUGUUCAAGAGGGAAUCGAGGCCUCCCUUCAAACCCACGGUUGGUCGACCUGAAGACACUUUCCAUUUUGACCCUGAGUUCACCUCCAGAACACCCACAGAUUCCCCCGGCAUCCCUCCCAGUGCUAACACGCACCAGUUGUUUCGAGGUUUCAGUUUUGUUGCACAAAAUCAGAAUCCGGAGUCCAGUGUUGCAACAGUCGCAGCUACUCGUCAGGAGUUGAGCAGUAUCAACCCCAUUGCACAGCGUCUGCGUGGUGAUGUGGCCUUCAGCGAUGUUUAUGAACUGAAGGAGGAAGUGGGGCCGACAGUGACCUCUGUCUGCAGGAGAUGUCUGCACAGAGUUACUGCUGUGGAGUAUUCAGUGAAGAUUAUUGAGAGAGCGAGGAAAGAUCCAUCAGAAGAGAUCGAGAUUCUGUUACGAUAUGGACAGCAUGCAAAUAUUAUCACCCUGAAGGAUGUGUUUGACGACGGCCAGUUUGUCUACCUGGUUCAAGAUUUACUGAGAGGAGACGAACUGCUGGACAGAGCUCUGACUGUGCCAAACUUCACAGAGAGAGAUGCAUCAGACAUAAUCUGCACGCUGACCAAGACUGUGGAGUAUUUACACUCACAGGGGGUUGUGCAUCGAGACCUGAAGCCUGGCAACAUCUGCUAUUCCGAUGACAGUGGACUCCCAGAAAGCAUCAGGAUAUGUGAUUUUGGUUUUGCCAAACAGCUCAGGGCAGAGAACGGUUUACUGAUGAUCCCCUGUUACACAGCUACGUUCAUGGCUCCUGAGGUUCUGAGGAAGCAGGGUUAUGAUGCAGCCUGUGACAUCUGGAGCCUGGGGAUCCUGCUCUACACAAUGAUAGCUGGCUUCAGUCCAUUUGCCAGCAGCUCUGAUGACACAGCAGAGGAAAUUCUGGCGAAAAUCGGCAGCGGGAAAUUCGUCAUCACAGGAGGGAACUGGGACCUGGUGUCAGAUUCUGCCAAGGACAUUGUGAUCAAAAUGCUCCAUGUGGACCCUCACCAGCGCCUGACCGCCCCCCAGGUUCUUCGUCAUCCCUGGAUUGUAGACAGAGAGCAGCUCUCUGACACAGCUCUCUCCAGACAAGAUGCACUUACUGUAAAGGGGGCACUGUCUGCCACUUACUCAGCUCUGAAGCGCUGUGUCACUGCGCCGGUCCUGGAGCCGGUUCAGUCUUCCAGCCUGGCUCAGCGGCGAGGGAUGAGGAAACUGGGAAGUCCCAAAGUUGAAUCUGACACUCAAGUGAAAGAGUCCACCGAGCAAUCCAAGUAAAUCUCCAGAGAUGUGAAAAAUGUGCACACGUAAUUCAAGUGUUUUGAUCUGACAUCAGUUUCGAAUCACUCAAUUCAAAAGGAACAUGUGAAAACAAUCUUAUACUGUGAAAUAAUGAAUUCAGCCUGUGACUGUAAAUAGAUCAAACCCCAUUGAACUCGACUUUUAUGAGCCUUAUUUUAACCUUGCAGAAGCCUUUAUGGUCAUUGGAUGACCACCAAUUGUCCUGUAAGCAUAGCGAACAUCCUAUUGAAAAAAAAAAAAAACAUGUAAAUCAAUCAUCUUGCUAUAAUUUUAGCGCAGCACUGAGACAACAUUUUUCAUAGUUUGAUGAUGGCAAUAUUAUUACAAGGAACUAGAAUGAUCUGAUAUUUUAACUAGUAUAUGGACAGUAACUUCUUUAUGACCAUGCAUGUUUGAAUGCAAGUAGAGCUAAUGUAUAUUUCACAGACCACAUGUUGCCUGCUGUAAUCUCUCUAUCUGUAGCUCCAGCAGCUAAAUAUGGCCGAUAUAGGUUUGGUCACAAAAAUCAUAAAAAGCUGAAUUCAGUGACACAAACAACAUAGUAAGAUGUUGGUUUAUGUUCAUAUUAAGCACAUCCAUGUACCAGGAAAUGAAAGACAGUCAAACAAUACUUACCGUCUUCCACUUUCAUUACUCUAACAUUUAUCCAACAUGAGAUAUGCUAAAAUGACAUCUAUGUAGAUGGGACGCAGCGUACAGUUCCUCCUAUCAAGUCUCUGAAUUUGACCGAGUUAUGCACGUUACAAGAGGGAAACUUAAAACCUUCUGUGAAUAAUGCCGUCUAAGUCUUAUUGUUGAUAAUAUGUUCAAUAAUGUUACCAUAUGUAUUGCCAUCUUCCAUAAACUCAGCCUUUGACUCUUACAAAGUUUAUUGUUAAAUGUAUUACUCAUGUGAGCGAUGAGGUGAAUAAUGUGAAACUGUUUUCUUGUUUAUACAUCACAUAAUUAAAAUGUUGUUGGUACUCAGUUUACCUAUUUGAACAAGGAAUUCUGCAUUCGGUGUAAUAGCUCGUUGUUUUCUGCGUGUGCUUUGUCGCUGCACUUAUUACUGUAGGCUCCUGUUUGCUGUCAGUGUAUGAAAGUUGAGAUGUCAAAGCAGCUUUGUGAAGGAGGAUUGUACAUUCUGACGCUGCCCUGGAUGUCUCUCAGAAGUUAUACAAUCACAGAUACAAGGUCAGUCUGAACAGAGUGAUUUGUAGAUAUGAGGAGCUCACUUUGUGUUGUACAGUUUACCAGUAGGAUUGUAGAUGAUUAAACCAUUCAGAAGACAUCAUGUGAUGUGCAACCCAAACAGCACUGUAGCAGAGUGACAGUCUGUACAUAUAUAUCCUGUAUGUGUUGUGAUGCAUUGCACAACUGUAAUACGAGGAGCUGGGAUAGAUGCAUAUACUGUUGUAGAUAUAUUGUACAUGAUGGUAGUAGCGCUGUACAUAUUGUUAACUAAUUUAGAUUGUACAUACUGCCGUGCUCAAAUCGCCAUUACAAAUGUUAGAUUGUUUAUAAAUGGUGUUGCACAACUUUAGGCCAGCCGUGAUACUGUACAUAUUGUGUUUGCAGAUGAAAUACUGAGAUUGUACAUAGUAUAUUGUGUUGUGCAUCCAUUGUUCAGAGUGUACAGACUAUCUUUACCUGGCCAAUCAAUACGAUCGUUGGCUAGAAUGCCAAAGUUUUGCAAAUAAAGUCAAAGAACUGAAACAGCA